CUUAAAUAGCUGCAGCCUCAGCAGUAACACUUAUUGGUUUCCGAUACAUGUGAGAAAUGAUUCGUUGGAUUGGAAGGGCAUUUCUAUUGGCAGCCUUGACUGGAUUGGUCCUAACAGAAGAUGACCCGAACUACGAAGUGCACUUCGAUGGCAUGGAAAUGAUCGACGGAUCAGACAGCUACUUCAACUACAACUACACCAUGGACAAAAAGUCUGAAACGGCCUUCACGGUGUCCGGGUUCAUAACGCAACUGGUGCUGCUGGACAACACCUAUAAGGCACGUUUCAGGCUAAGCCGUGCCCCGCUGGACAACCCGGAGCUGUACGAAGAGAUGCUAGGUCUGGAGAAGCCCCUCUGCGAGUACAUGUCUUCGAUCUACAAGAUGUACUUCUACGAGACGCUGAAGGACAUCAGUAACUUUCCGCACUACGACAAGUGUCCACUGGAUCCGGCCGAGUACUGGUUCAAGGAUUACUCGUUCGACGCGGAUGAGUACAAGGCGUUCAUGAGGGACGGGCACUACAAGAUAGAGAUGUACCUGGUCAAGGGGGAAGACAGCGUUGCCGGAGGGCUUUCGAAGAUGCGAGUGGAACCCGUGGAGGGUAGGAAAUAGAGGGUGGAUGGUUUUACUAGAUUGAGUUGUAGUUAGUU